UCUAGUUUUAAGAUGGUUGACCUGAAGGAUCGUGGAGUCUACAAGCCCCUGAUGAUUGGUGUCAUGCUGAUGGUGUUUCAGCAGCUGAGUGGGAUCAAUGCCAUCAUGUUCUAUGCCAAAACCAUAUUUGAACAGGCACAUUUUAAGGAAAGUGACCUAGCCUCUGUGAUCGUGGGUCUGAUCCAGGUCAUCUUUACAGGAAUAGCAGCAGUGAUUAUGGACAAGGCUGGGAGGAAAAUCCUUCUAAUCGUCUCAGGUGUUGCCAUGACAGUCAGUACCACAGCAUUUGGGGUUUACUUUUACCUCAUAUCCAAAACUCACAAUGUCACAUUGAGCCACAUGGUACAGAACGUCCAGCUCCAUGAGAGUCAGGCAGCCCACACUGAUCUGAGCUGGCUGGCCCUGACCAGCAUGGCGGUCUUCAUCGCAGGGUUUGCUUUGGGUUGGGGUCCAAUCCCAUGGCUGAUCAUGUCUGAGAUAUUCCCCUUAAAAGCGAGGGGCUUUGCCAGCGCCUGUGUUGUCCUUACUAAUUGGGGCAUGGCAUUUGUCAUCACAAAAACCUUCCAAAGCAUGAUGGACCUCCUAACCACAGCUGGGACCUUCUGGAUGUUUGGUACCAUGUGCACCCUCAGCGUCAUCUUCACCAUGGCCUUCAUUCCAGAGACAAAGGGCAAGACACUUGAGCAAAUCGAAGCCAAUUUCAGGGGAACACCAGCCUCCUGAAGCACUGGCCUGCCAAAA